AUGGAUUCUUACACUUUCAAUGUUCAUGGCGGUGUUGAUCUCUACGUGAUUGCACAUGCUGUUUCUUGCGGUAGUGAAUUUGAAGACAAGUCCCUACCAGAGCCGGAGCCGGAACCAAAGGCGCCAGCAGGUUCCCCAGUUGCAGCUCCCAGCGCGUUGGCCCCAACAGCACCAGAGGAAUUUCCUGAACCCAAGGCAGGAUGUGAGACUGCUUUUGCUUACAAUGAUGACGGCAGUGCAACCUGCUUUUCUGAAUUCGGAAUUAACCGAUGGGGCUGGUCUAUUGGGCCGAUUGUUGCUGAUGGAGUCACACACACCUAUGACAUCUAUGCAGGUGCUGGUCAGUGCAACAUCGGUAAGGGUGAGAAGGUGGGAACACUUGGAUUCACCUUUGAUGGAACAACCGCAGAGGCGAUAUAUCAAGUCGCGGAAGGAUUCGGAUUUGAUGAAACCCACUUCUACAUUGGUUGCAGUGCAUUGCCAGAGGGUAACACAGUUGCUCCUGGCCAGUACACUGGUGUCCAUGACACAUGCGAAUCUUCUGCCUUCGACAGAUACGUAUUCCCUGCUCCUGCUGGAUGCAGCGAAGUAUACAUCAUAGCCCAUGCAGUUUCUUGCGGUUCAGGUGAUGCGGUGUCCCCCAUCACUUCUCCAGUUGCUGCGCCAGUUGCUGCACCAGUUGCUGCGCCUGUACCAAGCCCAGUCGCUGCUCCGGUCACAUCCCCAACCAGUGUUGCUUUGCCCACACCAUCGAAUGAAUGGCCCGAACCUUCUUAUGGAUGUGAGACUGCAUUUGCUUAUGACGAAGCUACUGGUACUUGUUUCUCUGAGUUUGGAUUCAGUCGGUGGGGCUGGAGUAUUGGUCCGAUUUCCCCCGACAGCUCCGCCACUCACAAGUACACCAUUUAUGCUGGUGCAGGCCAAUGUGACAUCACCAAGGGAACAGCUGUGGGAACCCUCACGUUCACAUACGAUGGAACACAAGCCUCUGCGACUUUUGAUGCUGUGACUGGUUAUGGAUUCCAAGAAAGCCACUUCCACAUUGGUGUCAACCCACUGCCCAUCAAGAAUGGUGCUCAGACAGUUGCCCCAGGACAAUAUGCUUAUUCACGUGGUCCUUUUGAUCCUCUUGCAACAAUGAAUGGGUACAUGUGGAAUCUCAACAGCGGUGUUGAUGUUUACAUAGUUGCCCAUGCGGUUUCUUGUGCAACAGGGUAUGCGGUGGCUCCUGUUGCCGCUCCAGUUUCCCCCCCCGUUGCCUCUCCGGUUGCGUCCCCUGUUGCCUCUCCAGUUACAUCCCCAGUUGCAAGUGAUCCUCAUGAUCCAGCAGACAAGUCAGUUGACUUCGAGGAGCCGGGAUUCCUUGGUUGUGAGACAGCAUUUGCAUAUGAGCCUCCAGAAAAGGGAGCUUGCUUCUUGGACAUGGACAUGGGCUUUGAACGCUGGGGCUGGUCCAUUGGCAAGCUUGCUGCUGACUCUGCCACCCACACCUAUGAAAUCUAUGCUGCUGCUGGGCAGUGCGACAUCACAAAGGGUCAUUUGGUGGGAUACCUUGACUUCACCUUUGAUGGCACUACUGCGUCUGCAGUGUACAAGGUUCAACCUGGUUAUGGAUUCCACGAAACUCACUUCUACGUUGGGUGUAACCAAGUACCACUACAAAAGAAGGGUAAAAAAUAUGAAGCGACUGUGGCGCCUGGAAAAUAUACUGUUGUCAAUGAACUAAUUGCUGACCCUGAGAGUGGCGACUCACUCUCUGUUGACGCCCCUGAGGGCUGCAGUGAAGUGUACAUCAUUGCUCACGCUGUGACUUGUGGAGUAACACCAAGCCCAACCGCAUCUCCCACGGCAAGCCCAACCGCAUCUCCCACAGCAAGCCCAACAGCAUCUCCUACUGCCAGUCCGACUGCAAGCCCAACAGCAUCUCCUACUGCCAGUCCGACUGCAAGCCCAACAGCAUCUCCUACUGCCAGUCCCACGGCCAGCCCAACAGCAUCUCCCACGGCAAGCCCCACCGCUGGCCCUACUGCUAGCCCCACAGGCAGCCCAGUUGCACCGACCCACACAACUGGAGAUGCAACCUCCGCGACUGGAGAAUGUGAGACUGCAUUUGCUUACGAUGAGGGUGAUGCAGCCUGCUUCAUACCCAAAUUUAACAGAUGGGGAUGGACUCUUGGAGCCUUUGUACCCGGAACUUCAUCAAUCUUCAAUAUUUAUGCCGGUGCUGCCGCGUGUGACCUUGGUAAAGGAGAACAUGUUGGAGACCUAGUCUUUUCCUAUGAUGGCACCACCGUGAUUGCUCAUUACCUCACCUUGGGGGGAUUCACUUGGGCUGAGACUCAUUUCUACGUCGGAACCGAUCCGUACCCUCUUGACAAUGGUGUGGAAACGGUUGCUCCUGGCCAGUAUCCCUACAUUCAUGAUGUCUGCGACACUUCUACAAGCGACAAGUUCACUAUUACUUUGGACCCUGCUAUGCAAGAGCAACCCAUCUACAUCAUUGCCCAUGCUGUUUCAUGCGGUGGCGAUUAG